AUGGGUGGCUUCUACAUGCAGUACCUGGAGAGCCUUUGCCGGCGCCGAGGAUGGACAGACCCCUCGUACGAGUGUUACCGUGACCCCAAUGGCUUUACUUGCCUUGUCCUAGUCAACGGACGCGAGUACCAGACCGACCUGGCAUACGAGUCCGACCUGUUGGCUCAAGAAAACGCUGCCAUGCGUGCGUUCAUGGUUUGCCGCAACUUUUCCGUCAACGGCGGCAUGCUUGCUCGCAACGGUAUUGUCCAGGGACUUCCAGCCAAUGCUGAUACCCGACGCAAGAGCCGCCCUACAUCGUCCAGGGACAGCAAUGAACGUCACGGCCGCCGCUCCGGCACUCACUCGAGCAGCAGUUCCACUGCUUCAUUUGAAUAA